UUGUCUUGAGGCUUGAUUGUAAAAUGAUUGUUAUUACGUCAUUUCUAAACGUUUUGUUACGUCAGGAAAACGCCGGAUUACAAAUCAAGACAAAAAUAUUAGACAGGUCUUGAAGCGAAGAGAAGGCUGAUGGGCUGUCGGGUCUAACAAACAACAUGGCUUAUUCCGACCCUUGUCUACGUAAACGGCCACCAGUUUACAAAUAUGGAUUGAACUACAAAAGUAUCUGUGAACCAGACGACAGCUACCUGAUGAAAGAACCUGUCUGGACUAAAAAUGUCAGAUGCUCAACGUCAGAGGAAAAUAUAUCGCACAAAUAUAUGCCUGACGACUUCAUUUCGAUUAAUCGCAAGUGCACCAACAAAGGACCAAAGUGUGUUCCACAAUUCUACGCACAAGACAAAUCGUGUGUCCGCUCCUCCUACCAGCAGAGGUACGACAAGCCAAGACACCUGGACCCACGCAACCCAAUGGGUGUCGAGCGGUGCGGGGCCCAGGGACUAGAGCAGUGCAAACUGCUGUGUUGUGACCCAUGCGAAGUAGUGUGUCGUGAGCCAUGCGAAAUAGUGUGUCGUGACCCAUGCAAAGUGGUGUGCCGCGAGCCAUGCAAACUGGUGUGUCCGAAGCCAGCCGAGGUAGUGUGUCCCGACUCACGCAGGAUGGCGUGUCGUGAGCCAGCCCAGGUAGUGUGUCGAAAGCCGUGCAAAGUGAUGUGUCGUGACCCGUGCGACCCGUGUAAAGUCGUGUGGUGUGAGCCACGCGAAAUAGAGUUUCAAGGGCCGUGCAAAGUAGUGUGUCGUGACCCAUGCAACAUAGUCUAUCGUGAACCGUGCAGAGUGGUGCGUCGUGAUCCAUGCAAAAAGGAGUUUCGUGACCCAUGCAAACUCGUGUGUCGUGACCUGUGCAAAGUAGAGUACACGAGUCGUGAGCCAUGCAAAUUAGUGUGUCCUGAUCCAUGCAAAGUAGUAAAUCGUGAUCCAUGCAAAGUAGCGAAACCUGAUCCAUGCAAAGUAGUGUGUCCUGAUCCAUGCAAAAUUGUAUGUCGUGACCCAUGCAAGGUUGUGAAGCGUGACCCAUGCAAGGUUGUGAAGCUUGACCCAUGCAAGAUUGUGAAGCGUGACCCAUGCAAGGUUGUGAAGCGUGACCCAUGCAAAGAGGUAGAUCGUGACCCAUGCAAAGUUGUGUGUCGUGACCCAUGCAAAGUUGUGUGUCGUGACCCAUGCAAAGUUGUGUGUCGUGACCCAUGUAAAGCUGUGUAUCGUGACCCAUGUAAAGUUUUGCGUCGUGACCCAAACAACCAAGUGAGUUGUAACCCGUGUCAAAUAGUGUGCCUUGACCCAAGCAAAAUCGUGUAUCGUGAUUCGUGUAACGAAGUGUAUCGUGACCCAUGCAUUGUCGUGUAUCGUGGUCCAUCCAGCAGCGAAGGAAGUAUGCCAACUAAGGUGGAGGCUAUUGAACAAAGUGAGCAACUGGAUAGUGAGUCCACUAAAGCGCGGGCGGGGUCUACAAAAGCAGAGAGCAGUGGUGAGCCAAGCAAAGCGCCGGGAUGUGAGCUGUAUACGGACUCAGUGUACAGACACGACUAUAAAGAACUGUCUGCAAUACCAACAAAGCCAAUCCGCCCCACAGGGGCAAUGAAGGAUUUGAAUAUGUGUUAUCCUGACGUGUACACCACUUCCUACAUGCAAGCCUUUGGUAAAGUUCACAAUCCGGUUCCAUUGAAGUUUCCGACAGAACAGAAAAAGUUCAUACAACUGCCUGGACGUCCCAAACGUUCCUGCUCGGAAUAUUUGAAAUGAUGUAUUUGUACGUGUUUCAAAGACUAAGUCUUAUUAUUUCAUGAAUGAAUAUUUCAACAUGAUUUGAAUGUGGUUGGGUAUGAAUUAACGCGAACUGUACACCACUACGUGAUUGAACAUGACAAGGUGAAUAAGCUGGUUCCAGUGAAGCUCUAUUUAGAAAACAAAACCCACACACAAAAACACAAAACAUUGGUUGAUACUUUCACGGAUAGGAUUGCAUAGAGGUCCAAAAUAUUCCGGCAUCAGACUUUCUUCACAACACAUGAGAUGAAUUGUAUUAUUAAAUCAUAAAGAAGUCAUCCUUAUUCUCAUAUUGUGAAGAAAGUAGUCUUUAUUAGCCACUGGUAUUUUUAUUGUUAUAUUUAGAAAACAUUACAUGGGUGACCGUUACAUACCACACAUCCUACAACGAAUUGUUUCAGAACUUAUCUAAAGAGCGAAAGCGAGCUGAAUACGUUGUAAACGAGUUUUAAGAUAAGUGGUAUAUAACAGACACGAAUGUUGUACAUUAUAAUGUAUUCUAUAUCUUACAAAUUCUUAAAACAACAACAUAAAAAACAGGUUUAAAAUAAAUUUAAAUGUCUUUUCCAAGUAAAACUUAAUUACGGUCCUUGUGCUUGCAGUUGACAUAAUUAUGCGUCAUGGGGAAAUCAGGUUCAACCUCACUUAUAUGUCACAGAGCAAUCAAUUGUCAUCGUGCUUUUGUAAUUGGAUGAUAUGGCUGUGGUGACCGGGACAUCACUUAGGAUCAGCCAAUCGGAUGUCUCUAAAUAGAUAUCACACGUGUUUGAUUAGAAAUAACGAAUGGUGUGUUAUAACAAUAGUGUUAAUGUUUUACUGAAUCAAUGUUUAUUAUAUUUAUUACAUAUUAUUAUGAAAAAAACAAGAUUAAUAUCAUUGUGAGGCCCCGUCUGUAGGUUUACUAGUUGUUGUGUGAAAGGAUUUUGUAACUUAUUAACUAUAAUUGUGAAAAUCUGUGGAAUUUUAGCUACCAAUUAUUGUGUUUAUUUUGCACGAAAAAUGUAUUUAAAAAAAAUUGAAUAAGUUUUCAUAUUUCCUUACCACUCUGAUAAAAUACACGUACAAGCCUUAAUCACAAUGAGCACACACCUAAUUUUAAGCAUACACACAAAAAACGUCAUCGGAAUAAAAUCACUGAUCAUUUUAAUGAAGCAAUAAGUAAAGUAUUACUACGACAGAUUUCUGAAAUGCAAAUGUAAUUUAGUUAAAACCUGCAUAUCAUGAAUGUAUUUAAUAUUUACUUUUAAAAAACCUUUAUUUUUAUUUAUUUUUUAUUUUUUAUAUUAUUAUUAUUAUUUGUUGUUGAGUAAUAUGUAAUAUAUUAAAUCAUGAACAGUAAGUACAAUGUCACAUUGCUAAUAAGACAAAUUAAGGUGUGCAUUUGUUUAUUUUAUAAGUUAUAAAUCGUACACUAUGUGCCUUUUCAAAAAUCUUACUUUCUAGGGUUUUUUUUUGCGAUUUGAUCAUGUGUAUAGUAAAGAUCCUUGUCUAGCAAAAGAUAGAUAUUGUGUCUGCAUUAAAGAUUGUUUUAAGCGGUUUAAAAAAAAAAAAAAAAAAACAUUUCAAGAGAAUGUGUUAUUUUUAUUAGGCUGCAAUAAUGUACAUUUAGCAUUAGCAAUUUUCCUUUUGCUCAGUGUGUGCUUUUAUUUAUAACAAUGUUUUCGGUUAUGGGACAUAUCUGUUUUAAGAAUGUGUAACAAUUAAAACGUGUUCAACUUG